AUGGCGAUAGCUUGGAGGCGACGAGUGCUGACAGCAUUCGUGGGAAUCCCGACGGCACUUCACCUGCUGAGCUCUGAUGUGGGCAUGCUGCUACUAGCCACGAUGAUGUGCUGCUUAUCGCUAGUAGAGUUCACUGACACCAUCUGCCUACAUAUAGUGCCCCAACCAAAGUCGGCGACAGAGAAGAUGGUGCAUCGCCUGCUCUUGGUUGCAUCGGGUGCUGUGCUGUGCGUAGGCGCGUGGACUGGCGUCAAAUAUGUUUAUGAUGCCAUGAGUUUCGCUGCGACCUUAGCUAUCUCCACGUACCACAUCGCGACAGCCAGGAAGAUGGACCAAAUAACGCUGAUCAAGUUGCUGUUGGAUCUGUUUGCGCUGCUGUACAUAGUAAACGGCUUUAGCCACGCCAUUUUGCUAAGAUACAGCUCACACAAGUACGGGUUUGGGCUGCAGAUCCUUGGACUUUGCUGUGCCUGGGUUUGUGACAGUUGUGCUCUUGUAGCGGGGUCCUUAAUGGGUGACACAAAACUAGCACCCGUUGUAAGUCCAGGCAAGACGCUCGUGGGUGCUAUUGCUGGGGUCACCUCAAGUGUCGUCACAGUGCUGAUCCUGUUUGCACUCCCACACCUUACAUUCUCGUUACCAGCAAUUGGCCAGUGGACACACGAGCUGCUGCCUCCACCAGACGUAGUGCCUCGUACUCACCAGGUGAUGCUCGGUGUGCUGCUUGGUGUUUUGUGCAUAUUGGGAGAUCUUGUAGAGUCGUUCGUGAAACGCGUUGCCGGAGUGAAGGACUCGGGUUCGUUCUUCCCGGGCCACGGUGGAUGUCUUGAUCGUAUGGAUAGCUUCUUGUUUGUCGCGCCGUGCCUGUAUUUCUACAGUCAGUUUGUUUUGUUUAAGCCGACGUAA